GGCCAGGGCCAGCUGGAGGGCUCAGCACUGCCCAAGCCAACUCUCACCAACAGCAGGGGUACAGCGCACCAGGUUCAGUUUCAAAUCAUGAAACGCCACUUUGAAGUCCCUCGGAGAGAAGACUCCUCGACUGAUGUGACCACCCUCAGUGUGACCAGCCCCGAGUCCAUGGAGAGCAGUCUGAAAAUGUGCUGGCCAGGAACCACCGAGGGACCGGCGCUGGCUGGCGAGGACCGCCAGUCCCCGAGGACACAUUGGCACUUCUCACUGGGCUGGAGCCCCUCCUCACCCUCGUCCGAAUCCUCGUCCUCUUAUCGCUCCUACUCUCAGCGCCCUUCCUACCGCUUGGGUCCGCGUGGGGACCCGGACCCUGGCCCGCGGAGUGUGCCCGCGCUGUACACCCGCGUGCAGACAGUGCGCGGCGUGGCCGUGGCCUGGGAGACUGAGGCGGGCUUCGCUCCGGUCAGCAGCCGGCCGCGCGUUCGCGAGGCACAGUUCCUCAACCGGCAGCGGUGGCGGGGCUCCUCCUUCGAGGUGGCCUCCAAUACAGACCUGCGCGGGGACCUGGAAGUCUGCGGCGGCGAGCGUGAAGCGGAACCCGAGGAGGACUCGGGGCGAGAGGACGAUGAGCUGGAGCAGGAGCCGCGCGCUCCGCCGGACUCCCUGGUCACCACCAGACACGGGCUGCGCGGCUGUGUCGCCUGUUGCCGCGUCUUCCCAUCGCUGCCUGCCCUCCUGGAGCACGCGCAGCACGGCGUCCGCGAGGGCUGCAGCUGCCAGAUCUUUUUCGAGGAGAUGCUGGAGAAGGGGCUAGAGCGGGGCCAGGCGCAGGACCCGGAGCCGGAGCCGGAGCCAGAGGGCGAGGAGCCGAGCCACGAAGAGGGCGGCGAGCACCGUGCCAGGCCCCGUGGUGAAGACCCUGGGUCACGCCAGCAGCAGCAAUGAAGUACAGGGGAGACGCCCCUAGCCCUCCAUCCCGCCCCUUCCAGCCAGCAGCAUCAGAGCCAGAGCGCAGCGGAAUGGAGCCCCUUCACGGGCUCAGCUUUUCAAAACCCAAGUGCGAAGAAGUGCGCUUGGAGUGUUUGCGAUGGUGCGGGAUCCGAGAUCUGCGCACAAGCCACAGGAACUUCUUAUUUUGUAGGGGGCUCCGCAGGUCCCGCUUGCUGUACAAGAUGUGGAUCCCAGACGAACCCACUGGACAUGAAGCUUUAGCCCUAUUUUUACAUUGUUAGGAGUUUGUCAUUUGCCUGGGUUCUGUAUUUUACGUUAUUGGGAUUAAA